CCACAGAAACACAAUAAAGAAUAGCCGACAAGGGCUUCUCAAUUAACGUUCUAUGUCCGUGCACGUAAUCGCAAACCGUACACUGCAGUUGUGCAAAGAAGUUCAUCGUGGUCGCUUCGACUGCCAAUCGAUUGAAAAAUUUUUGAAAAAUCUCAUAACGAUUGUAAUCGUCAUAUCUAUAAUAUAAUUUGUAUUUAUAGUGUCGUUCAAAAAAUAAUUUUUUUACAUCCUAAUCGUAUAAUCGUACAUGACAAUCGAAAAUAGAUCGCAGACAGGAUGUCAGAGAUCUCGCAAACAACAUUAAUUGCCGAGGACAUGUCAGACCGAAGGCUAGACUUAUAAGCGAUCUUAUUACCGGAGUUACGGCGAACAGUCGCGAGACAUACGUGAAAUAGGAAGGAUGGACAGAUGGGCAGGGAAGGUGGCCGUGGUAACGGGUGCAAGUGCCGGAAUUGGGGCCGCGAUCGUCAAGCAAUUGCUCACUCAUGGGAUGGUGGUAGCAGGUCUUGCCAGAAGAGUAGAAAAGAUAAAAGAAUUGGAGCAAGGGUUGGAAGAAUGUACGGGAAAGCUGUACGCCGUAGAAUGCGAUGUAUCAAAAGAGGAAAGCGUGAUCGCAGCUUUCGCGUGGGUUCAAGAAAAUCUUGGCCCUGCAAAUGUAUUGAUCAACAAUGCUGGAAUAACAAAAGAAUCUUCUCUUAUAGAUGGCAAUUUAGAAGAUUGGCACUCUGUCUUCGACGUGAACGUUUUCGGAUUGUGCCUCUGCACUAAGGAAGCAAUUCGCAUGAUGCGAGAAACAGGAGGCGAAGGUGUCAUAAUAAACAUAAACAGCCUUGCAGGUGAAAGAGUGCCUUUCAUACCUGGAUUCUCCGUUUAUCCAGCUUCAAAAAGAGCUAUCGCUGCUCUGGCGCAAACAUUGCGACACGAGUUGACGGGAACCCAAAUCAGGGUUACGGGUAUUAGUCCAGGUCUAGUAGCUACAGAGCUAAUGGUAUCUUACAGUACGUAUUCCGAGGAAGCGUUAGCAUCAUUUCCUACAUUGGAUCCAGAAGACGUCGCAACAGCUGCAAUAUAUAUUUUAUCAUGUGCCCCGCAUGUUGUCGUAAGUAUAAUUAUCCACUCUUUGAUAAUUGACGAAAAUUCAAAAUGAUAUAAAAAAUCUUCGAAAAAAAUAUAUAUAUAUAUAUAUUAUUACAGAUUAUCACACAGACUUGAAUCAACAAAUAUUAAGUACAUAAAUUAUACAUGUGAUAAUGAAUUACAUUUAAAUAUAUUUUCAAAAUCGAUUCUCUUGAAAACAAAAUUUUUUUUAAAUAUAUUCCGUACUCUUCAUUUUCGAUUUAUUUAUUUAUUUUUUUUAUUAUUAGAAAAUCAUAUCUUGAUGAUAGCACAUAUUAUAAUAUCUUAUAUUUAUGAAAUAAAUUCUAUGUAUUAUGCACUAAUAUCAUUUUUAAAUUAUAUUUUCAGGUCCAAGAUAUUAUUCUGAGACCUUUGGGCGAGUCUUGGUAAUUAAUAUAUGAAAGCAUUCAAGAUUUAGUUAUACUUUAGAAUUAUUCGUUUCUAAUUAUUGCACAAACGAUUGUUAUAGAGAGAAAGAAAAUAUUUAUACAUAUUAUCAAUUGAAAGUUUUGAAGCACUUAUUUAGUUGUUAAUUAAUAAUUAAUAAUUGUUAUACCUUAUAAAAAUUCUUUAAACUAACUUAAUAACUUAAUACAUCCAAUACUGAUAUAUUAUUUGAAAAUUUUAACUUUUAUUCUUUGAUUAAAAUUUUUAAUUUUUUUCAUGAGAAUUUCAAUGAGAAAAGUUUAGAAAAUUUUUUUAAAUUAAUUUUAAAAAAAAAUAAAAGAAUUCUAUAUUUUAUUAAAUUUUUAUCCAAUAGUGUACGUAUCAAAGAUGAUGAAGUUUGCAGAGAUACAUAUAAAUGACAGAUCUAUACAUA